CGUCACAUCCGACUAACCCAAUCUGACUCGGGGGCCCCCGUACGGCGUCGUUGUGCACGCCAGCGUUAUAUUUUGACCCGAGACCGAGUCCACAGCUGAUAGCGCGUCGCAUACGUCGCAGUAGGUGAUAGCGCGUUACAACGUCACGGCGAACAUGAAUUUGACACCCAGGAGAUCAUACAAAGAGAAACGUACAUUCGAACAGCGAUUUAUUAGUGCGGAAGAAAUCAGAAAAUUGCAUCCAAAUAAAAUCCCCGUUAUUGUGGAGCGAUACAAAUUAGAACAUCAGCUGCCACUUUUGGACAAGAGUAAAUUUCUGGUACCAGAUUUUCUAACGGUAGCGGAAUUUUGUAAAAUAAUCAGACGUCGACUGCAGUUACAUCCGACACAAGCCAUUUUUCUACUAGUGAAUCAGAAGAGUAUAGUAAGUGGUAGUUUGACCAUGGCUGAGCUCUAUCAAAGCGAGAAAGAUCCGGACGGUUUUCUGUACUUUGUGUUUGCUAGUCAGGAUGUAUUUGGCAAUCAUUAACCGGAACGAAAUAAUUUUAAACCAAGUAAAAACGAAAUACCUCCUCGGCACUUAACAAUACUUUGAUAGAUGUUUAUGUGGAACUUCGCGGGGAUUCUAGAUCUGCUAGCAACUCUGUCUGCCUUUAAUUGAAAUGUGCAGAAUCUUUGUGAUCGACUUACCGUACCUGCUGGAAUGAUUAAUAGAACAAUCAUAUGAUUUGUUUCAUGGAACCUAUGUAUAAAAUCAUUACGGUGCUUUCUACCCUUCGACAUACGGACAAAUUACAUUUGAUAUAAGUUAGUAUAGCGUCUACUUAGUUUACACUACUGAUAAUGACGAAUUUUACUACUAAUUUUAGUGGUGAUAGACUAUAUAAAAUGAUAAGGUAAUAUUUAUCUAAAGAUAUGGAUGUUCUUUUUCCGCUAAGUCAGGAAAAAUUAUGGGGGAGAAUUUUAUCCCUGUCUCUCUCUCUCUCUCUCUCUCUCUCUCUCUCUCUUAAAUCCAUACUUUUAUUUAGUAAAAAAAUUCGUUAUUAUAAUAAAUUUCAAAUUUGUUCAACCUAAUUAUUCUUUUACAAUUAAUUUGCAUUGUAGGCCAGUUUUUUAGUUUACAAUUCGCGUAAAAUCUUUGUAUUAUUAUUAUUGCUUAAUUUUUAAGCAUGGCUUAUUAGCGUUACACAAAUAUGAUCGAAAUCAAAAUGAUUUUGUGUUUAUCAGUUUAAGGGAAUUUUUGUCUUGAUAGAUUCCGUUAAUUUUUCUGAUUGCUAUACUUUUACGUGCUAUCACAUGUAGAACUCCCGAAACUUUUAUAAUACGAUAAUGAGAUAUCUUCGUAUAUAAAGAAAUAUCUUGCUAUCCUAAUAUCAUUGUUAAGUAUUAUUUUUACCACACAAUGCUAAGACAUUGACAAAAGUGUUCAUGUACAUAACAAUCUGCAACAUGUGAUGUACGAUGAUGUGCGUUAAAAAUUCUCUCGUAAAAUUACAUUAAGUUUUUACACAAAUAAAAUUGAUCUCUAUCAGAUUCAACAAUACAACAACAAAGUUAGUUAAGUACUAUACUACUUUAAUUAGCAAACUCUUCAGGGCCACGGUUUAAUCCGACAUAAAAUGUCUUCUCUCUGUAAGAAACUUGUGCAAUAAGCCACCAAAAAAAAAAAAGAAAAUGCAAAAGUUUACUGUUAAGGGGUGAGCAAGAAAAUCAGAAGAAUGCAGAAGUUUCUGAAACUUUUUAAAUAUCGAAUAAUACAUAGUUACGCGUUUGUAUAUUGAUAUAUAGUCUCUCUGAGCUUUUUUUAAUUCUACUUUAUAAAGGAUGUCAAUUCAGCAAUUGCUGUGUGCAUCUAUUUAAUGUAAUAGCUCACGUUUAUGUAAAUAUCUACUAAUAUACUUUAACAUACACUAUACUGUAUCAGGUGUAAUUAUAAGCGUAUAUGAGAAUUUCUAAUAAUAGUUCCGAUUUUUUUAAACGCAUUAUAUCGAUAUGUUCUCGUAACGCUUUUACGCAGGUUGAUCUUAUUUUAUAGAUUUAUCGUUAUGUAUCUUGCAACUUUGUGUAUGUAUGAAUGUAAACAUGCAAUGCAACGUGCAACAUACAAUCAUCGUACAAUAGAAAACGGGAUAUUUGUGCUGAAUAGAGAUUCAGAAGAUAUCCUGAUAGUCAUUUUAAUUACACUUUUUUAUGCCUUACAUGCUUAAAACGAAAUAGGUAUAUAUCUGAGCUUUGGAGAGAGAAAAAGAGACAAGGAGCGAGGCGCAAGAAAAGUGUAAUUAAAACGAACAUACCUAUGAUUAAAUUAAGAACGGUAGUGAUACUAGCAGUAGUUACAUCACGUUUCGUGGUAAUGCUUACGUGAUGAAUACAUGGAAAUCCAGAAACUUUAUGUACCCUACAUUGUGCGACGUGUUUGCAAUAAACUAAUUUUUUUCAUA